AUGUAUACGCUAAAUUUGCCUACUAGCAUUAAAGCUGGUUAUUUAAAUUGUCUUGUGAGACCUUAUGUCCCUAACCCCAUGCGAUGCUUUCAAUACCAGCGGUUUGUUCACACUAAAAUGUCCUGUCGUAGUAAACCUACGUGUGCCCGAUGCUCUGGGGAAAGCCAUGACAGCGAUAAUUGUACAGCUGAGCCAUUGUGCAUUAACUGCAAGGGGGCACACCCAACAUUCUCACGCAUUUGCCCUAAGUGGAAAGACAAAAAAGAAGUUCAGACUGUCAAAGUUAUGAAAAACAUUUCAUAUGCAAAAGCCAGAAGAAUAGUACAGAGUUCUCAGCUGCGAUCAAAUACUUCUUACGCUAGCAUAACUAAAUCAACAAGAACAAUAGCUUGUCAAACAAUAUACAGUCUCCCAAAAAGUUCACAAGCAAAACAACAGGAACCUAGACAAGAAAUUUCUGAUAAAAGCGAACCUGCCCUGUCUCCACACCAAAUAACAUCUAAAAAUAAAGAAACAAAAUCCCAAAAUAAAAAAUCGGAAAAAUUAAGGAGCCCUAGCAAUAGCUUUCUGCAAAGUCUGAGCUUCGACUCACAAGACUCAGACGGGAUGGAAGUGGAAGAGGGACUCAGUGUCCCAAAGCAUCUGCUUCCCCGCAAGUCUAAGAAAGAGCACCGGAAAAAUAAGCAUUCUUGA